AGCUCGGGCGCCGAGCCCGGCGCGCCUCUCCGCGGGAUCGGUCGCCGGGCGUCUGGGGGGGGGACGUCGCCGGCCAUGCCCUCCGACCCGGCGCCGGAGAGCGCCGUGCUGCUCGCCGAGCAGUCGGAGGGGCCGGCCAGGGAGCCCUGGAGGCGGCAGCGCGUGUGGGCCGGCGCGGGCGCGGGCGGCCUCGCCGUGACGGUCGCUGCCACCGCCGCCGUCCUGGUCUUCGGCGUUGGCGCCCCUGCGCCAGCGCGCCGCGCGAAGGGUUUCAUGGCGCGGGAAAGGGACCUCAUGUCCCCGCCGCCGGCGUCCGCGUUGGUGGCCGGGCUGCCCUGGGCGGGGGUGGCUACCACGUCUACGACCACGACCGCGACCGCGACCGCGACCACGACGUCCGUGACGACCACCACCACGACCACCCGGGAGGGGCCCGGUGCGGCCCAGCGCAAGCUGUUCAAGCUCGUCAAGAAUCCGGACGGGACUGUGUCCGUGCGCGUCAGCAACGGCGGCUACGUCAGCGUGAACCAGGAGGGCCGUCUGGGCAAUGAGAGAGGCAUAGGCGAAUGGGAGCGCUUCGAGCUUGUCAUGCACGACGACGGGACCAUUUCCUUGAAGGCCUGGAUGGGGUCAUACAUUGGCGCGAGGGAUGGCCGUAUGAGCGUCAGCAACAAGGUCGGCAGCGCCGAGAGGCUGACGAUUGUCGAGACAGAGGGCGGUGCCAUCAUGCUCCAGGCCUCUGACGGUGAUUACGUCAGCAACGACCCGAUCUCCGAUGAGCCAGGGCGGUUCGCCGUCCGGAUUCGAGAGGCCACCGGAGACGUCACGGAGAAGUUCUACGUGGAGGUAAAUCUUGACGACACUGUAUCGUUGGCGUGCUUCCACGGCACAUACUUGAGCGUUGAGGAUUCUGGGCAUGUGGUUGCUGGGAGCCUGACGAUUGGCAAGGAGCAAAAGUUCAAGCGCCACCAGAACAGUGAUGGGACGAUCUCGCUCUUUGCAGUGCACGCUGGCCGCUUCCUCAUGGCGCACCCGGACGGGACAGUGUCGGCAGAUGGCUCAAACGGCACAGCACCCCAAGAGUUAGAGAAAUUUCAGUUUGUCGAGCAGAACGGCACGGAUGACAGGGUCCCGUGUUCGUUCAAGGCGUCAAAUGGCGCGUAUUUGUCUGUGUCCAUGAUCCCAGUUUUCACGUAUUACAUGUACCGCGCGCAGGGUAACGUUGACUACCCAUGGCGGAGUGUCAACACCGGGAACCUCGCUGGAGUGAUGUGGUACUUGCACAACGAGGUGGUCCCUUUCAAGCCGCGCAAGUUUGGGAUCGAGCGCAUCGUCCGUAUGAAAGUGCAGACCACAUCGACCAAGGCAUUGUACGAGAGGGGCCUCAACUUCGGGGUCAGGUUCGCGUACGACUCUGGCCAGUGCACUGGGGCGGGGCCCAUCAACGGCAUCUCCAGUUGCAGGGACGACUACGCCAGGCUGGGCCACUUCGUUGGCUGCAACUACCUCGGGGACUACCCGUUCCCCAUGGCCGUCAAGGGCUUCGACAGCGCCUAUGACCAGGGCGUGUGGUACAGCCUGCCCAAGGAGGGGGCCUGCGAUGGCAUCCCCACCGGAGAGGACGACUGCACCUACUCCGCCGAGGAGGCGGGUAGCAUUUUCAUCGGCGACCUCUACGACAUGGGCGAUGACUACUGGAGCUGGUACGGCAGCCCCGACAGCAGGGAGUACGUCGAGGCGUGGGACACCGGCUCGGGGACCGACUUCUGGAAAGGCAAGUCGGACAUGGAGUCCAACAGGAAGCGCGUCCAGCGUGCAUUUGCGCUCUUCGAAGAGAAGUAUCCGGACAUGCCCUCGCAGGAGGACUACCCGGACCCCGUCUGCGAUUUCAACUGCAAGCGCUUCUACACGGACGAAGAGCUGGAGCGGACCGGCGCAGAGUGCUUGUGCAGCGCUAGCCCCAACGCCAGGAAUUUCUUCCCCGAGGUGAACUGGGACCAGUGCGGCUUCGAUCCGCUCUCCGGCCUGCAGGGGGCCGGCUUCUGGCCGACUCGGUAGCAGCGGGAUGGCGGACGAGAAGAGUUGUUGUGGAGGAGCAGUAGGCUUCAAUCUGCGCAGGAGCAGUAGGUUGUGUAGAGUCGAGGCCGAUGCUGCUCGUCGGGUGGCGAGUUCCGUCAUUUUCAUGCCGUUGCGUAAUUCGCCUUCGUCCGUGCGAGGCGGAGCGCACACACACAUUCACACACUCACACACGGUGUGACUGUCUCUCCAUGUGGGGGGCGGUAGAAAAUAGCUGCUGGCGCUUUUACCCAGUGCCAGAGUGCUAUACCUGGUUUAUGUUCCUUGUCGGGGACGGUGGUGCGUAACCGCUGUUCCCUUACCGCAGGCCCGAAUUCGUGGCUCCUUGCCAGCAAAGUACCAGCAAAGUACUACACGACCGCCAAAGUACCACGCGUACUACACCAUUGCCCUACGUAGGCAUCCCUCGGCGGCGCUCCUCCCACUCCUCUUUCAAGAUGUCGCUGAAACUGAGGCAUGUCUGUCGGUAUCCAUCGGCGCUCCGCAUGGCACUCGCAGCGGGAGGAUAACCUUCCCGCAGCUGCCGCUGCUGCUCGUGCCGCUACCCCCCGUUGUCCUCAUCCUGCCGUUCCUUCUCACACCAUGUUACAUCUCUUGAGAGUUACAGCCAGCACCGCCUUAAUUCACAUCCGUGUGCAAUCCGGGCGGGCUUGACCCGGCCGGCAGCCCCCUAACGGGGCCUCGGGGCCUGCGCCGGCGCAGGCGGCACGUGUGCGCCAUGCGCCCGGAGCAGGACGGCCCGCUUGCGCGGCUAGGCGCUUCAGUUUCCAUCCGUGUGCAUGGUCGUUCGGUAGCUCAGCGGCUUCACGAACGUGUCGCCGAGCAUCUCACCGUACUGUGCCCACUCCUUCUCCUCCCCCUCAAACUGCGCUACAGAAACGACAGGCGCCUGGAGCAACUGCGGCGAUCAUCGGAGCACGCGCGCGUAAAGCCGCGCUGCGAGCAGCGGUCCCUGGCCUCGGAGGCGAAGUCGCCGUGGUGUCUCUUACGGUGACGCUCCGCAGGGGCUUGGUCGCGAGCCUCCAGGGUUUCCGGGCCCCGACUCACGACGGCUGGUCUUUUCGGAGCUUUCAGCCUUGGCUUCUUUUCCCAGCUUCCCUGGCCCUGGGACCGUCAGAAAUUAGCCUGGAAGAAGGUCCCGGGCAAGCGGUCUAGAUCUCUGGCCGUCGAGAAUAGAAGAGCCCUUGACCCUAAUACAAACAUAGUGAAGACGUGGUCUCAUUGAGAGCAUUAGAGAUAACAGCCCUGGACGGUUUGGCUUGAUGCAUCUGCAGAAGA